UUUCUUAACGUCUUUCUUUUAAAUUUCAAGUCGGAGCCGGAGCCGAGAUUUAUUUUCUAUGUGAUCAUUGGAGAAGGACCAUCGCAACGUAUCAUAUCGUCUCGUCAUCGUAAGACAAGUUAUUUUCAAUCAAGUUCUGGAUGAAGCAAGGAUAUUUUUCUGCUUCGACUUGUCAUUGGAUCCUCGGAUGAGCGCACCUCGUCGGUCGUCAUUUCCACCUCUUUUCUUGCGAGUAAAGUACUUCUCGUGAAGUUUUCGGCGCAGCACCAUGGCUGGCUACAGCUUCAUGAACGACUUGAGCAAUGUCGUUCGUAUGGAUGAACCUAUCCGAGGACCCAUGCCCCGAUGGCAGAAGAAGAAUGUGGAUGCUUCCAACUCUAGCAUCAACAUGAGCUUUAAUGCUUCUCGCAGCAAGAUGAAUACUUCGUUAAACUGCAGUACUAAUCAGUCCAAAACACCAAACAAAGGAGGGUCAAGUAGGUCUAAGACGCCUUCAAAGACUCCUUCAAAGACCCCAACAAAGUCACCUCGUUCCAAUCCGCCAUCAAAGUCUCCUACACCAGGCAAAAGCGGCGGUGACCGAUUUAUUCCCAAUAGAUCUGCAACUGAUUUUGAUCUUGGCUAUCUUAAGCUGAAGCAAGUUCCCCCAGAAGAAGUAGGUAGUCCUACCCAGACUGAAAAGGAACGAGCAAUGUCAGAAACCCUUCAUGGACGUGAUAUUAGCAGUCAGCGUAUUUUGUCCUAUCAAAACAAAGCUCCCCUCCCACCGGAAGGUUAUCAAAAUCAUCUCAAAGUAGUCUACACUCAAACAAAGACUCCAGCUUCUGUCAAGGCUACAAAUCGUUAUAUUCCCUCAGCUCCUGACCGCAUUCUUGAUGCCCCUGAUAUUUGUGAUGACUACUAUUUGAACUUGAUUGACUGGGGCUCUAACAAUAUUCUUGCUGUGGCUCUUGGGACUAGUGUCUAUCUGUGGAAUGCUGCAACAGGUAGCAUUGAACAACUCUUAGAUUUGGAAUCCAAUGACUACGUCAGUUCAUUGUCUUGGAUUCAGUCUGGUGAGGGUGAACAUUUGGCUGUAGGAACAAGUUUGGGACCCAUUCAGCUCUGGGACACAGUUGCCAUGAAACGAGAAAGAGUUAUGGCUGGUCAUGGUGGCCGAGUUGGGUCAUUAGCAUGGAAUUCAUAUAUUCUGAGCAGUGGUUCUCGAACAGGCCAAAUUAUGCAUAGUGAUGUUCGCAUGCGUGAUCACAAAGUUCUUAUUGUAUCGGGACACACUCAGGAGGUCUGUGGUCUCAAGUGGUCACCAGAUGGACGUUACAUGGCCAGUGGUGGUAAUGAUAACCUUGUCAACAUUUGGCCCGCUGAGUACAACACAAUGCGCACCCAAGCUCAGCCAUUGUAUUCUUUAAGUGCCCAUCAAGCAGCUGUAAAGGCAGUCGCAUGGUGCCCAUGGCAGCCUCACAUCCUGGCCACUGGUGGAGGAACUGCUGACAGGUGUAUUCGUUUUUGGAAUGCCAACUCUGGAGUGCUGUUGAACACCAUUGACACCAAAUCUCAGGUUGUUUCUAUUUUGUGGUCAGCACAUUAUAAGGAACUUAUCUCAGGUCAUGGUUAUGCUAACAAUCAGCUUAUUAUUUGGAAGUAUCCCUCAAUGGCCAAGGUAUCUGAAUUGACUGGUCAUUCGUCCCGAGUUCUUCAUAUGUCAAUGUCACCUGAUGGCACUACAGUCAUUUCUGCUGGUGCAGAUGAAACUCUCAGGCUUUGGAAGUGCUUCGAUGUUGACCCAUCAAAGAAAAAAUCGACGAAAGAAGUUAAACCUGUGCCAAGCCUUCUCAAAACUCGUAUAAGAUAAAGAUAAUAUUUUACUCUGCAUUUUUUAUGACUGAUUUGGUUUGAUCUCUUAAAUUUAUUAAUUUGCUAAGCAUGAUGGUAGUAUGAAUUGCAUUCUCUCCAGUAUUUUGAAGUUUUUGGAUGAAGGAUUGUUGAUUUGUGCCAAAUAAGUAAUAUGGCUGUGUUCCUCAUAUAUUUGGUAGUUCUUUUCAAUCCUUUCAUGUUUUUUUUAAAUUUUCAGACUGUGACUUGUUCCAUUUUGAUGCUACUGCUUUUGAUGUGGUUCUGUUAAGUUCAAUUGUAUUUAUUCGUGACUGAUUGCCUUUAUGAUAAUUUUGUGAAACUAUGGAAACUAUUAAGAUUUAUUUUUACAAUUC